AGAUAGGAAAAAAAAGGUUUUUUCUUCUCAUUUCUCAACUAUACUAGUUAUAUAUAAUUUCCAUGUUACAACAUUUUCUUGCCCAUUACAUCAUCAUUUCCUUCUAUUUUUCAUCUUAGUGAAGAAAAUCAAGAUUCUUCACAUUUUAAAUCAUGGUGUCUAUAGAAAGAUCAAAGAAAAAAGUGCAACUAUGGAAGAAAGCAAUUGUUCAUUUUCUUCUUUGUUUUGUUAUGGGAUUUUUCACUGGCUUUGCUCCAACAGGCAAAGGUUCAUUGUUUUCCACUAGGAAUAGUGCUAUUCCUAAAAUUACUCAAUCAAAUCAAACACAACCAAAUAUGUUGUACCAUUCAAGAUUAGAAAGUGAGACUUUCAAUAAACCUUUAUUAGACGAAACAACAACAACAAUAGCAACGACAACAAUAGCAUCAGAAUGGUCUAACUUAAACGAUACGAGACAUUCAGAAAAGGUCUUAGAAGAAGAAGAAGAAGAAGAAGAAGAAGAAGAAGAAGAAGAAGAAGAAGAAGGAGAAGAGCGACAUGAACAAGAACAGAAUCAGGAUCAAGAUCAAGAUCAAGAACGAGAAGAAGCAAAUGGAGAGUUCUUGAAUCCGAGAAGGCUACUAAUUAUUGUCACUCCAACGAGCGCGAAAGAUCAAAAUAGAGGAAUGCUACUAAGGAGAUUAUCAAACACAUUGAGAUUAAUUCCACAACCAAUUUUAUGGGUGGUUGUGGAGCAACAAAAUGAGGAUUCAAAUGUAUCAGAAAUACUUAGGAAAACAGGAAUUAUGUAUAGACACUUGGUUUUUAAGGAGAAUUUCACAAAUAUACAUGAAGAAGUGGAUCAUCAAAGAAAUGUGGCUCUUAAUCACAUUGAACAUCACAAGUUAAGUGGGAUUGUUCAUUUUGCUAGCCUAUCAAAUGUCUAUGAUCUCAGUUUCUUUGAUCAACUUCGAGCAAUUGAGGGAUUUGGGACAUGGCCAAUGGCAUUAUUAUCUGCAAACAAGAAGGAAGUGAUAAUAGAGGGACCAGUUUGUGAUUCAUCUGAAGUUAUGGGGUGGCAUUUGAAGAAAGCAAAUAAUUCAACAGAUGAAAGGCCUCCAAUUAGAGUUUCAAGUGUUGCUUUUAACAGUUCAAUUCUUUGGGAUCCAGAAAGAUGGGGUCGCACUUCUUCUAUUCAAGACACUUCUCAGGAUUCUCUGAAAUUUGUGAGAAAGGAAGUUCUUGAAGACGAAACUAAAUUGAUGGGAAUUCCUCCAAAUGAUUGCUCCAAAAUUUUGCUAUGGAAUCUCCCACUUUCAACAUGAAUAUAAAUCAGAGUUAUUUGAUAAACACAAGGAAAAAUAAUAAGAGAAAACAAUAAUCAAUUAGCAAUUCAGGAUUUUUUUUGCCAUAAUUUUCGUUUAUCUUGUAAUAUUUAUUAUUCUAUCCUUUUUUUGUCGUC